CGUCAGUGGUUGUUUAUUUUAUAGAUUAAGUUUAUUGAUCCAUCAGUACUUAGUUUUUACAACCUGAGUGCAUGUCGUAUUAUUUGCUGUGAAAAUAAGUGAACACAUUGGAAAUAAAAUUAACUCCUCAACGAUAUCUACAUCACUCACACAAGUGUUUAUUUACAUUUUCCGAAUAGCUAAUUUCUAAGUCUACGCGGGAUUUAUUUUAUUAAAAUAAAUAUGGAAAGUUUAAAUAACUUGUUUAAAGUGUUAAUUUUUAUUAUUUCCUUAAAUAUACUGGUAGUUUUUUCAUAUGAAGUGGAUACAUACGAUUUACUCAUGCCUAAUGUAUAUCCCCACAGAGAUGAGCUGUAUCUAUGUACACCUAUUAGAAUAUCGCCAACUCAAAACUUUUAUAUAGUGGGCUUCAAACCCAAUGCGUCAAUGCACACAGCACACCACAUGCUUCUGUAUGGUUGUUCUGAACCCGGGUCUAAUGAUUCUGUAUGGAGCUGCGGUGAAAUGCAGAGCAGUAAAGUGGAUAGCAUGUACGCUACGUCUAGCCCAUGUCGGAACGGAUCACAGAUCGUAUACGCAUGGGCCCGUGAUGCGCCAAGUCUGGAAAUGCCUCCAGACGUCGGCUUCCUCAUUGGCCGCGACUCGCCAAUCAAAUACCUCGUGCUGCAAGUGCAUUACAUGUCCAAAUUUCCUGCUGGCAAAACCGACAACUCUGGCGUCUUCUUGAAAUAUACGCAAGCAGUUAUGCCCCGCCAAGCCGGAGUCCUACUCCUCGGCACAAGUGGUGUGAUCGCCCCGCACAAAGUGGAACACAUGGAGACAGCUUGCACACUGCGAGAGGAUAAAGUGAUUCACCCAUUCGCGUUCCGUACGCACACGCAUAGCCUUGGUCAGCAAGUAUCGGGCUACGUGGUCCGCAAGUCACUCAACGGUGACGACUGGACCCUCAUAGGCACAAAGGACCCGCAGAAGCCCCAAAUGUUCUACCCCGUGUUGUACAAGGACCCCAUUGGAAAAGGGGACAUUUUGGCUGCUAGAUGCGUCAUGAAAAAUGAUCACGAUUAUAUGGUUAAGAUUGGAUCCACUAACCAAGACGAGAUGUGUAACUUCUACCUAAUGUACUGGGUGGAAAACGAUACCCCAUUAGACAUGAAGUACUGUUUCUCGAUCGGACCACCUUUCUACUAUUGGAACACAGCCCCAGAAGACUUCAACCGAAUCCCCGAUAUAGACGAUAAUAGCGUGUAAUUUUCGACCUUACGACACAGGUAAUAAGGCUUAAUGUACCAUGAAAACUUGCAUAAUAUUACGAAUAGUGUAAAUUUAGGUAAAAUUGAUGUUUCAAGUGUAUGUUUAGUGGGAACUAAGUAUUUCUUUAUAUGUAUUAUCGUGACUUGGACAUUGUUUGUCUGUGUUUAAUUUUAAUGACCAUACAUUCCUGAAUUCGAAUUUAAUUUAUUUUAAUAUUUUUUUGUUAUGAUCUAGAUCUGUAUUAUUUAUUUUUAUUUAAUCAUCAUCAUUUAAUCAUUAAACAAAAUUUAUGUUAUUUAACGCCAUUAGGCUAUUUGUCUUAAAGGCAAUGUCUAAGAAAUAUUAUUCCAUGAUACAUAGAUUAAAAAAAAAAAAAAAACUUUAAACGUCACAAGAAUAUCGUUAAUUAGUUAAUUACUUAUACAUUUGUAUUAUAUCUAAUAAAUAAAAUUCUAUAUAAAUUAUAACAUUGUGUCAAAGACUAAAUUAAACUUCUAUUCUCGCUUAACUAUGCUCAAAGAAAAAUAUCAAAAAAGCUAUUUGGAUUUGAACUUACUAAGUUAUAUAUUAAAUACAAUAUAUUCCUUAUAAAAACAUUUUAUAAACAAUAAUGUGGUUAUCGUGUGGGAAUCAUGAGAUUAUAUUGUCUAUAUCUAUAGGAUAUUAAAAAAAAAAAAAAAAAAUAAUCAUAUCACUAUAUAUUUGUACUAUCUAUUUGUAGGUAAAAA